AUGAUGCCGAUGCGGGGGCUGAUCCCCAUCAUCCUGCUGGCUCUGUGCCGGGGGCCCAGCAUGGCGGGAGCCCAAGAGGCCAUCCCCCUGCAGAGCCUGCGUUGCUACAAUGACUACACCAGCCGCAUCGUGUGCAGGUGGGCGGAUACCAAGGCUGCCCAGCGGCUCGUCAAUGUGACCCUCUAUCGCCAAGUGGACGACGCCUCUCCAAAGCCAGCAUCCUGCGAUCUCAGUGACGACAUGCCUUGGUCAGACUGCCCUUCUCCACCCUGUGUGUACAGAAGAUGUGUCAUCCCCCACAAGUUCUUCAUCAUCGCUGACAAUGACUACUUCUUCUUCAAACCAAAGAGGCCUCUGGCCACCCAGCUCACUGUUAAUCUGACCCAACGUGUCCAGCCCCCUGCGCCCAAGGACCUACAGGUCAGUGAUGUUGGGGACCAUUUCCUGCUGACCUGGAGGGUGCACCUUGAGGCCCCCCAGAGCCUCUGGCUGUCCAAGUUGCACGUGGAGUUUGAGCUGGUCUACCGGCGGCUUCAGGACUCCUGGGAGGAGGCUGCCACCCUCUACUCCAACUCCUCCCAGGCUGUCCUGGAGCCAGAGGACCUCAUACCCAGCAGCGCCUAUGUAGCCCGAGUGCGAACCCGGCUGGCACAGGGCACAGGGCUCUCGGGGCGGCCCAGUGAGUGGAGCCCAGAGGUCCACUGGGACUCCCGGCCAGGUAACCAGCCCGAGUCUGGGGCUGGCCUGUUUGCGGGGAGGGUGGGACUUCACGAGCCCCUGGGACAGGAGGGCUCUGGAGCCCACACUGGUGGGACCCAGGAAUCCCGUGUGUCAUCCGUGGAGAAGGAGUGCUCUCCGGUGCUGAAGGAGAAGCUUAGCAGCCCCUACGCCCGCCACCGGUGCCAGAUCCCCGUGCCCGACCCCGGGACCCACGGCCAGUACACAGUCUCUGUGCGGCCAAAGGAGGAGGGGAAAUUCAUAAGGAGCUCAGAGCACAUCCAGAUGGGCCACCCAAGCCUCAAUGUGACCAAGGACGGGGACAACUACAUCCUGCGCUGGAAAUUAGAGAAGGAAUACUACACGCACAUAGUGUACACUUUUGAGGUCCAGUACAAGAAGGACACUGACUCAUGGGAGGAGAGCAAGACACAGACCCUACAGAAUGCCUACAGCAUGUCCCUGCCAUUGCUAGAGCCCUCCACCAGGUACUGGGCCAGGGUGAGAGUCAAGCCCAACUCCAGUGGCUACAAGGGGAUCUGGAGUGAGUGGAGUGAGGUGUGCAUCUGGGACACCCAGCGGGUGCUGCCUGUGUGGGUCCUGGCGCUCAUCCUGGUCCUUGUCACCCUCGCCUUGCUCCCUGCCGUCCGCUUCUGUGUCAUCUACGGAUACAGGCUGAACCAGAAGUGGAAGGAGAAAAUCCCCAACCCCAGCAAGAGCCACCUGUUCCAGGAUGGGAGUGCGGGGCUCCGGGUCCCAGAAAGCACAUUAACAUUCGCCAGCGGGAGUCCCUUAGACAAGGGGCCAUGGAACAGCCAUGUCUCUGAGCUAGAGGGGAUAUGCCCUGUUCACUGUGGGGACAGCGAGGUGUCACCCCUCACCACAAUGAACCCCAAAGACACCUGUGACUCACCUUCUGGGCCUGACAUGACUCCAGCCGCCUCAGAGCCCAUGGGACAGCCCUUGAGCCCCCAACCAGGCCAGUCUUCCCCCUUAGGCAGUCCUGAGAGCCAAGCUUCCAGCUUCGACUUCAACGGUCCCUAUAUUGGGUCACCCCUCAGCCGCUCCCUGCCUGACAUCUGGGGCCAGCUGGAGUCCCCACACACAGACAGGAGUGGGAAUCCACCACUGCCAGGGUCCCUCGAGUACCUGUGUCUGCCCGCUGGGGGACAGGUGCAACUUGUCCCAUUGGCCCAGGCCAUGAAGCAAAGCCAGGCCAUGGACCUGGAGUCGGGGCCUAGCCCAGGGACUGAGGGGAGCUCUUCCCUGGAGUCAAGAGAAGGCCCUGUCCCUCCUUUACCAGGGCCCGUGGCGGGUGCAUGGGACCCAAAGGACAGCCCAGCAGCUCUGCCCACUGGUGCUAAGGGCCCUGAGGACAGUGUCGUGGCCUCUGACUAUGUCACCACUGCAGACCUAGCACUCAUCCCGUCCACAGGGACCCCAUCCGUCUCCUUGGCUCCCUCUCUGGGCCUCUCCUCCCACCAGAACCCCUGCCCCUGUCCAGGACUGGCCAGGGGGGCCCCUGGAGCUCCAGCCCCACUGCAGCCAGGGUUUGAGGGCUAUGUGGAGCUCCCUGCAACCACGGGCCAGCCCCCCAAGUCCCAUCUCAGCAGUCCCACCUCUCCUGCACCCAGCAACCCAGUCCUGAACCCAGGGGAGCCCCGGGCACAUGAGGCCCCUGGGUUCUCCCAUCCCAACGGGCUCCUUGUCCUGCAGCAAGUGGGUGAUUAUUGCUUCCUCCCUGACGUUGGUCCUGGCCCACUCCUGCCUCGGAAUAAGCCCUCUUCACCAGGGCCCUGUCCUGAGAAGGGGGGCCUGGGCCAGGCGUUCCAGGCCAAGAAGCCCCCAGGCCCGGUCAUGCCCCAGGUGCCAGCUGUUCAGCUCUUCAAAGCCAUGAAGCAGCAGGAUUACCUGUCUCUGCCCCCUUGGGAGGCGGGCAGGCCCAGGGAGGUGUGCUGA